AUGACGUUUGGCAAUGAUGAGCAGCCGGCGAGCGUGACUGCCCGGCGCGGCGGCGUUGCCAUGACGUUUGGCAAUGAUGAGCAGCCGGCGAGCGUGACUGCUCGGCGCGGCGGUGUUGCCAUGACGUUUGGCAAUGAUGAGCAGCCGGCGAGCGUGACUGCCCGGCGCGGCGGCGUUGCCAUGACGUUUGGCAAUGAUGAGAAGCCGGCGAGCGUGACUGCUCGGAGAGGGGGCGCCAGAAAUUUUGGAAAUGGAUCUUUUGGUAACAGAGGUGCGGUAAUGGGAGGAGGGUUUAACGAGUGGGGUGAUACGUAUGGCCGAAGUAAGGAGGUUGAAGGUUUUGGCGGCGAGGUGGGGUUUCGUCGUUCUGUGUCCUGUAGUUCGCCAAAGGCGCAGCGACCCACCCUCUGUGAAUCUCUUGGUUUUGUUCCGGGGGAGCCAGAGCCGGCACUCGUUAACGACGAUGGAGGCGCCACCUUUUUGGGCGGCGUUGCCCGCCCCCAGAUGCGGAACAGGAGUCCGGGGCCGUUCUUCCGAGAUCCCGGCGUUGCACCUCAUGAUAAUAUUUCUGGCGGCACGCCGGCGGGCCGACGGCGUGCCCCGUCCCCGGGGCCCAGGUUUGGGGAGAGCAGCAUAGCUGGUCUAGGCGCGAGGAGCGGCGGGAAUUGGCAGUGCAAUACUCGGAGACAGGGAGUUCCCCGCGAGGACUCUCCGGCGCCUGGUUUCACUGGGAUGCCGCAUUCACGGCCAACGACUGUGCUGGAUCCCUUCGGGAAGCUCUCCAGCCGCCUCAGCCCCCGCCCGGCCCUCGACACGCCGUUUCAACCGAAGGCCAGAGAAUCAAACUUUUGCCCGCCUCAGAACGAUCGCUGGCAAAGCCAUGAUGUCAGCAACGAUCUUCGCCCUACGGGUGUUCCUGAGCGUCGUGGUGAUAGUUUCUGGCGCCCCUCGUCCUUUGUUGGGCCGCCGCGGCAUGUCACAUCCGACCCCCUUGCGUCUCCCAUCUCAAGCAUCUCGAACAGUGGCCAACUGAUGCGCGAGGACGCCAAUCCGCGUGCGAGAAGUGGGUUUGGAGGGCCUUUCGCCCCUGAGGCGUCGCACCAUUUUUCACGGCGGCAGACAGUUGGUCGUGCGAACGCUGGUAUGGGCGGUGGGCUGUAUGGUGCGACAGGCGUCCAUCGUCCCUCCAACCACGCUGGCGUCUUUGGGGUUCCUGUAAAUCGCAUGGGUGCUGGACCGAAUCGUUCGUCCAAUGGCAUCUUUACGAGGAUGGCUACCCUGUACGACGGCGGCACCUCCCGUGUGCCUGUCAUUGAUGAAUACGAGUAUCCAAGACAGGGAAGUCGUGUUCGUCCGCGGGGUGUGCAGGCUAUGGACCUGGCCUGGUCAGAGCGGUGGGGAUCGUCGCGAUCCGCAUACGGCGUUGCUGGGGGCCGUGGCACGUAUCGCCCAGUCUCCUCUCGUGUAGCUUCAAGUACGACGCCUUGGCGCAACAUGGCCACUACGCGCACUGGCACCAUAAGGCGAGCGCCCCCUGCCAGUAAGCCACCGUUGGCCCCGAGCAGCCGUGCACCGUUUCGUUCCGCGGCAACCUCUACAGGCGUACGCAGUACUGUGACUCCUUCUGCCGUUCGUGGCCUCACACUGCGGGAACGGGUGCGGUUGCGGCAACAAGAGCAGCGCCGCGAAGCAAACUUAAAGGCACUUCACAAUAACUUGCAUGAAAACUACUGUAUGGGAAAUGAUAUGAAGCGAUUUCGAAAGGAUUCUGCGUGGUCGUUUCCCACAAGGACCGAUGCGGAUCUCGAGUCAGCCGGGAAGUUUAACGCCGUAGCCGACGCCACCACACGUGCGACGGGUGCCGCCGCCGACGCUGCACACAACAUUGACGCCGCAAGGUUAGAGGCACAAGCCGACGCCAGCCUUAAUGCAUAUGGGGAGCAAGUUCAACGUCUGGAGUCUCUUACGGAUCCAUUUCUUCAAGCCGAUGGAGUGAAUGUUUCUUUUUGUCUGCGCGAUUUGGUCAACGCAUUUCUAUACUUGCCGGGAGGUGCACCGCAAGAACAAGACCUCACAAAAGCGGCGUGGCUAGACGAUGGUGCUUCGUUUUUUGUGUCCGCCAAACCCGCGCGGUUCCGUGGGGGAUGGGAAAGUUACCUACAACAGCUUAACCUUUACCAGCAGCCCUUAUACCUGCGAGAGAGGGCCUUCAUAUUCGUGUUGCGGGUUCCGUAUCAGCCAAACCUCCGCGUCUGCGUUGCGGUGCACAACAUGGAUGAUUUUAUUGCGUUGUUGCAACAGCGGCCAUUGCAGCAGGUUUUGUUAACACGAGAGGAAAAAUGGAUGCAGGAACGCUUGUAUGGAAUGGAGUCUGGAGUUAGGGAUCACCAGCCCCAACCGAGACCCGAGGGGGUGGGACGCUUUAAAAGUCUUCUUCAGCGCCUGCAUGCCAUUAAGAAAGACAGUCAUGCGGAUGAAACUCGUGACGCGGCGCGGCAAGGGGGUUGGGUGCCCAUGACGUGGCGGCAACGCUGGGCUUUGCUGCGUCUUCACAUGGAAGCGACGCUGCGUGGUUCUGCAUGGAAGUCGUUUACGACACCCCUUUUAACAGACCCCGCCUUAUUGCAGGCCCGCAUGUCGUUUCUCUCGAACCGCACCGCCAGGUAUGCCGCGUUGCGUCAUCGGCUCAACACCCUGCAGGCCCUUGCUGCCACCCAGGUGACAAGGCAGAGGGAUGGAGCCGCGCUGCGGGAUCUGCGCCUGAUACAGAGCCGGAUUGAUUCCACACCGUCGCUGCCGCUAGGGUGCAGCGGUGCGGUCCCCCAGAAGGAGGAACUACCGCCGUCUUCAAGGGAGACACGAACUUCUGCGACGGCGACGGUGACUAGGGGCGCAGCAACAGGUGCGACAAAGAAGCGUGAACCAUUUCGCGUGAAUCGUGUGGGGGAUGGUUCGGCAACUGCGCUGCGUCGACCACGUCCAGCGCCCCCCGCGACGCAGCCAGCUGAAACGGCAUCAGUAACGGCCACACGGCGGCUUGCAGAGAUACAACUUGGGGCGGAGACGCCGUGCCGAUCGACCUUGGCGCCCUACGCGUCCUCGGUAAGUUUGUCGCCGCCACCGGCGUCCAAUUCAGUCCGGGAGGGGGCGGCGGGGCAUGUGCCGUUCCGGGAGACGGGCAAGGAUGAGCUAGUGCAGGUCGCCGAAGAUGUGGCACGACGGACUGAUUUCGCUAACGAAGUUUCGCCCCCUCCGAUGACGACUGUCUUGACAUUUAUGUCCUCCUGGGAUCAGCAGGAGCAACGAAGGCAGGUCUUUCAUGGCUGUUCGAAGGAGUCGUCACUUUCAGGCACAAAGAUGUCUAAUCCCGUGUUUGCGGGAUUACUUCCAACACCGACGGAAAUUCACCGCCAAAGCGAGUGCUUCAACAUCAGUGUCUCGCAACUGCAGCAACUGCUUCAGUGGCAGUGGGAGUACCAUCAGAAUUGUUACGAAGCAUUUCCGCUUCCGAUUUUUCGUGGCGCCCUUGUUACACCCACCGAUGCGUAUUUCGCUGUCACUGCAGAGGCAAAGAAGGGCGCGGAGGGAACUGGGAUAAGCCCUCUAUCCCGUUCCCUUUUACUCGCCCUGACGAAAUGGGGCUGGCUGACUCCCAUGGAUUAUAAGGCCUCGCGAAGUGACACCUGUCGCCAUUUCUUCUCACAAGAUCGUCUGACUUCGCUCGUUGCGCCGCAGGUGGGGAGACGGCGAGGCAUGUUUUGUCUUUGGCUCUUCUUAAUUUGGAUGUGGCAAAACCAGGCGCUAUGCAUCGCCUUGCUGUACGUUGUGUACAAGUGUUUUCUGGCGGCCAUGCGGGACGUCUUUGGUGGAUGCGCUAGAAGACCUGCGGCGCUUGACUCCGCCACCUCCAUUGUGUACGAGCAAUCUGAGGCGGCUGUGGAAGCGAUGCUGGAGAGGAGGCAGUUCUUCCGCACACAGUCACUUGCCACGCGCAUACUGCGGGCGCAAAGUUGUGUUCAAAAUUUGCUGAGCCGAGCGACGAUGCUGUUGCGUGGGCAUUCGCCUUUUCUCUCUUUUAUUAUUGGCUUGGAGGUGCUCGUGAUGUGGGUUCUCCUUCUUGGCUACAACUACGCUGUUUCUCACCUUCUCCCCGGUAUUUAUCUUGCAUCAGGGGGGAUGGUUUGGCACCUCUCGCAGAUGUUAGAGCCGUUUACCUUUCUGCGGGACUCCGACGCUUUUUGGUGGUGUGUCUCCCUAUUUAUACCGACUGGUUGCGAUGGAAAGACGUUGGGUUUCCUGCUUCUGCUGUAUUUCAUUUUCUCCCUGCUGCCGUGGUCGCCGCUGCGGUGGAUGUGUCGGAGGACGUGGGAACUCUUUUUGCACGACGACGCGUUGGUCCGCCGCCCCUUGCUCUCAUUCUGA